AUGACUAGACUGAGAAUCAUCAUCUGCGGUGCAGGCAUUGCUGGCAACGCCCUCGCCUUCUGGUUUUCAAAACACCAUGAUGUUACAAUCAUUGAAAAGCACCCCGACUUGAGAUCUACCGGUCUGCAGAUUGAUAUUCGCGGGCAUGGAAUUGAGGUUCUAAAGAGGAUGGGCCUUGAAACCACUUUCCGUGUCGUAUCAGUCAAAGAGGAAGGACUGGAGUUCGUCAACAAUUCUGGCAGAGUCGUGGCGUACUUUCCCGCAAACACAUCCGGUGAAGGGCUUCAGAGUUUUACAACUGACUACGAGAUCAUGAGAGGUGAUCUUAUCAAGCUUCUUUACGAGAACAUCAAGGAUCGUGUACGAUUCGUAUAUGGGACAACUGUGGAGAGUUACGAACAACUGGGCGAUUCCGUUGAAGUUCGGCUGGCAAAUGGGGAGAAGGACCGAUAUGACCUUGUCGUCGGCGCCGACGGGCAGUGGUCCCGUACUCGUAAGCUGAUGCUAGGACCUGAAGCUAAAGACCCCAUUCAACUCAUCGGGGUCUACGCUGGUUACUUCACCAUGCCUCGCCAUAUCAAGGAUGGAGAGAAAUACAACGGAACUGCCUACAUCGCUCCGGGUAAGCGGCUCUUAUUCAGUCGAAGACACAAUGCAGACCGAGUCCAGGUAUACCUUGUGGGUCUGAAUGAUUCCGAACGAGUCUUGUCUGCACGUCCAGACGGUGUAGAGCAGGAAAAGGCCGUUUUGUCAGAGUUGUUUCGUGACGCUGGGUGGCGCUCAGAAGAGCUGACCACCGAGCUAAAGGAAUCAGACGACUUCUAUUGUGAGCACAUGGGUGUUGUCAGGCUAGACUCCUGGAGCAAAGGAGGAGUCGUGCUAUUGGGUGAUGCAGCCUAUUGUCCUACAGCAACUACGGGAAUGGGAACAACCUCCAGUCUCGUCGGAGCCUACGUUUUAGCCGGAGAAAUCCAAGAUCACAUCAGUCGUGUCGGUGCCUCCAAGGAAAUGCUUCCUCUAGCUUUGGCUAGUUAUGAGAAGCGAUUCCGCCCCUUCAUCGACACAGUCCAGGAUGGCAUUGAGAAGGACAAAACCUACUGGCACAAGAUGCCAUCGAGCACUUUUGUCCUUGCUAUCCUUAACUUCUUCUUAGCUGCUGCAGCUUUCUUCAAAUUGGACGUACUUGCUAAGAAUAUUAUGAAGGAGGAUACAGGUAGUUGGGAACUCCCUGAUUAUAAGGGGAUGGACCUUCGGUAG